CGCCCUUGAAGCGCCCCGUCUGUGUGUCUGUGGCUUGGGGCAGCCCUCCCGACUAGCGGCCCCUGGGAAGAGGCGAGGCCGGGCGGCCCUGGCCCUCUUAGCCGGGAUGGGCUCCUUGGAGGCCGGCCUCGAAGGGGCUGCCGGUGCCUGGCUCCGUCGGGGCGCGGAGGGGGCGCUGCUGGCCUGCUUGGCGCUGCUGCUGCUGGCGCUGCUGUGGGCGCGGAGGAAGGGGGCUCCGGGGCCGAAGGGCCGCCCGCUGCCUGGCCCCGUCGGCUGGCCGCUCCUGGGCAACGUGCCGCAGCUGGGCCGCCUGCCGCACCGCACCUUCUGCGCCUUGGCGGGGCGCUUCGGGCCGGUCUUCCAGCUGCGCCUGGGCCGCCGGAGGGUGGUGGUGCUGAACGGGGAGGCGGCCAUCCGGAGGGCCCUGCUGCAGCUGGGGGGCCCCUUCGCCGGCAGGCCCGACUUCCCCUCCUUCGGCCUGGUCUCCGGCGGGAAGAGCCUGGCCUUCGGCAGCUACAGCGCGCGCUGGCGGGCCCAGAAGAAGCUGGCCCAGGCCACGCUGAGGGCCUUCUCGACGGCCCAGGCUCCCGGCAGGCGCCUCUUCGAGCAGCACGUGGCGGAGGAGGCGCUGGAGCUGAUCGCCCAGCUGAUCCGGCGGAGCGGCCAGGGCCCCCCCUGCUGCGGAGGCUACGUCGACCCGGCCCCGCUGCUGACGGUGGCCAACGCCAACGUGAUGUGCGCCCUCUGCUUCGGGCAGCGCUACGGCCACGACGACGCCGAGUUCCGCGCCCUGCUGGGCCGCAACGACCGCUUCGGGCAGACGGUGGCCUCCGGGAGCCUGGUGGACGUGCUGCCCUGGCUGCAGGCCUUCCCCAACCCGGUCCGCGCCGUCUUCCGAGACUUCCAGGCCCUCACCCGCGAGAUGCACGACUUCGUCCGGGGCAAAGUGGCCCAGCACCGGCUGGCCUUCCGGCCCGGGGAGCCCCCGCGGGACAUGAGCGACGCCAUCCUGGGCUCCAUGGAGCGGCAGGGGCUGCUGGCCGAGGAGGAGGAGUACGUCGAGGGGACGCUCUCGGACCUCUUCGGGGCCGGCCAAGACACCACCUCCACCGGCCUGGCCUGGGUGCUGCUGCUGCUGCUGAAGCACCCGGAGCUGCGAGGGCAGCUGCAGGAGGAGCUGGACUCGGUGGUGGGACCCGGGCGGCUGCCCCGGGCGGAGGACCGGCCUUCCCUGCCCCGCCUGGAGGCCUUCCUCUACGAGAGCCUCCGCUACUCCAGCUUCGUGCCGCUGACCAUCCCGCACGCCACCACCUCCGACGUGGCCCUGGAGGGCUUCCACAUCCCCGAAGGCACCGUGGUCUUCGUCAACCAGUGGUCCGUCAACCACGACCCCCGGCGCUGGAAGGAGCCCCAGCGCUUCGACCCCGGGCGCUUCCUGGAGGGAGGGCAGCCGCCCAGACUGGACCGGGAGCGGGCGGCCCAAGUGCUGCUCUUCUCGCUGGGGAAGCGGCGCUGCAUCGGGGAGCGGCUGGCCAAGCUGCAGCUCUUCCUCUUCGCCGCCAUCCUCCUGCACCAGUGCCAGCUCCAGGGCAACCCCCGCGAGAGCCUCUCCAUGGACUGCCAGCACGGCCUCGUCCUCCGGCCCCGGCCCUUCACCCUCGCCCUCCGACGCCGGAGGGGAAAGGCCCCACCCGCCGCGCCCUAGGGCUGCCAGUCUCACCGGGAAUCCCCUCCAGGGAGGAGGAAGAGCCCUCCCCCCUUCUGCCAUGCAGGAACUCCCCAGCAGAGCAUCCCCCGCCAGGGAGGAGGGCCAGAGG